UUCUGCGUUCUUCUGCAUCUCAGCGACAAGGCCGAGCCACUGUUAUUACUACCGCUACAUCACUCCCAUCGCAACCCGACUCCCGAUCUUCACCGUCCUUGAACGCCGAUUCCUUGCAGUCGCAUCGCAUUGCGCUCCUCAGAUAACCGGGAAAUUUUCGACGCUCUAACUUCCCGCCGUUUGCGCCGCCAUGUCCCAAGUCAAGCAGGAGGACGGUUCGCCGUAUAUUAAGCCCGACCUGGACAGCAAGGAGGGGAUCGGUUCGUUUGAUGAUGAAGACGAUCUAUACGAAGACGCGGGAGAUUUGGACUUCACAAACUCUACACAGAAUGUGUGGCUUUCGCGGAUUCCUCGGUCGCUAUGGGAGCAUUGGUCUAAGCUGGAUGACGAUGAAGAGAUUCAGGUUGGGACGAUUAGGAUAGAAGGGGAACCGAAUGAUAUUAAACGGGUCAGUUUGCGCAUUAAUGAACGGGAAGACAACCGGGAUAUUCCCAAAGACUACACCCUGCAACGCCAAACAAUGCUCGCCGGAGCUACGCAUUCGACGCAAAAUACAUAUGUCUUUACCGAGAAGGAUAUCCCUGGGGUGGAGAAUCGGUUAGCCACGUUUGGGGAGACGCGGUCGGCUUUGUACGAAGCGAUGAAACGAGAAGCUCGGAAAAAGGAUCUCAAGAAGAAAUGGGAGCCUUAUGUUCGGAAGACAGUACCAAAACGAACGGGUCUUGUUGGAAGCGUCGGUGAGGAGUUCAAUACUCUUCCUGUCGAGAACGAGGAGUUCCGGAUGAUUUCAGAGAGGAAGGCUUUGGAGGCGCUCAAGCCCAAGCGCGAAACCGUCUUCAUCGACAAAGUACCAGGCAAGCUGCUCCAGCCGCGGAAUGCGUUGCCUGGAGACAGGAGUGCCUUUGUGCAAGCAACAAAACCCGCCAAAGGCAAGGCACAAGAAAACAAAACCACCCGUAUGCCGCAAAACGAACUGCUGGAUCUUGUUUACCAAUGCUUCCGCGAAUACAAAUAUUGGCCAUUUAAGGCGCUCAAGGCACGACUCCGGCAACCAGAGGCAUAUCUCAAGCAGACUCUGGAGAUGGUGGCGCAUCUGGUCAAAUCUGGUGACUUUUCGAUGACCUGGGAGUUGAAACCUGAGGCCAAGGAAAGCAGUUAUGCAAAUGCGUUUGGCUACGGUGAUGCCAAGGACGAGGCCGCACCGGGAGCCGAUUUGAACAUGGACGAUGUUUCUGAUGAGGAUCCGGACGAAGAGAUGCAGUUUGAGAAUGUGGCCUAGUGUCGUGGAUGGGGGUUCUAUAUGUAGCAUAUAAGCAGAUUACGGCGUUUAUAUUGGUUGGAUCGUAUAUGGCGGGCAUCUGGACUAGAUAUUUAAUGGAUUCUCUUUCAUACUCUG